CACGCACAUGUAAAAAAAUGAAGUCCACGUUUUUGUUCUUUUUCAUCAUUUGGUUUGCAGAUGCGGAGCUGAAACCCCGGAAAGGGUCCGGGGUGGUGUGUACUUUCAAAGACAAGACGUACAGCCCAGGAGACAGCUGGCAUCCCUAUCUGGAGCCUUUCGGAUUUAUGUUCUGCAUGCGCUGUGUCUGCACAGAGACAGGCCAUGUGAAAUGUAACACAAUCAAGUGUCCCUCUCUGCCAUGUGAAAACCCAGUGGCUGAGCCUCAGCAGUGCUGCCCGAGAUGCACAGAUGAGCCCAGGGUCCCCGCAGGGCUGAGAGCUUCUGUGAAAUCCUGCAGAUAUAAUGGAAGUAUUUAUCAGCCGGGGGAAACCUUCACUAAGCACGACCUCUUCCCAUCCAAGCAAAGCAAUCAGUGUGCAAUGUGCACAUGCUCUAAUGGAGACAUCUUCUGUGCGCUGAAAACAUGCCAGCCAAUCACCUGCUCCUCACCAGUUUCUGUUCCAGAUACCUGCUGCUUGGUGUGUAAAGAUAACAGCACCAGUGGCUCCUCAUCAACCGAAGACGGAAACCUGCAACUGAACCGAGGAGUUAGGCAUUCAGUGGACCAGUGUCCUGGAGAGCAGAACAGGGCGCAGUCUGACCGUGCCACUCCACCCAGGGUCAGGACAUCCCUCAGAGGCCUGAGCCUCAGUAAACUUAACCUCAAAGGGGCUUCAGAGACCACUGUUAAGAUUUUGUUGCAGAGGAAACACCAAAGAGCGUGUUUAUACAAUGGCAAGACGUAUUCUCAUGGAGACAUGUGGCACCCAGUUUUGGGGAAGGUCCUGGAAUGCAUCUUGUGCACUUGUACUGAUGGCCUCCAGGACUGCAAACGCAUCACGUGUCCCAGCCAAUACCCAUGCCAACAUCCCAUGAAAUCGACAGGAAAGUGCUGCAAGACUUGUCCAGAGAGUAAAGCUGAGAGUAACCAGACCCAGUGUUAUCUCGGAUACAAAAAUAACCUUUUGGUGUAUAAAGUUGAUUCCUCUUUGAAAGUUGACUCAGCCAACACACUUCGGAUCAUCGUUGCUGAAAGACAAAGUACUGCUGAGAUUGAAGUACUAGUAUGGAAGUCUGUAGAAGGUGUUUUACAGUUAAUGGAUAUCGGUGACGUUCAGAGGAAAGAUAUUAUGGAUCAUCCAGAGAAUUACACACUACUUACAACACUCGAUGAAGACACGUGGAGAAGGUUUAAAGAGGAGGGAGAACAUCUGAAUAAAGCACCUCAGGCCAUAAUUUGUGAAGAAGGCAUUCGUGAGAUGAUGACUUUCCUAAAUCCCAAGCAGACUGAAGGCGUGUGUUCACCCUAGUAGUCACUCUUUUUACCAGUAUUCCCAAUAACUAUACAUUGUUGACAUACAUUCUUUAUUCAUACAUUUUUCACUUGGAUGUCCUGCGUCAUUCCUGUUAUACAAGAGGAAUUUCAUUUAUAACAUUGUCGUUUCUUGAUUGAUGCAUUAUUUUCCAUCAUGUUUUUGAUUAUCACGUAUUUUUAUUUGUAAAUUAUUAGGUUACAAAACAUACAUAACCUGGCCCAUA